AUGGCGCCCUCAGAAGUCUCCGCAGAGUCCCCCGACACCCAUGAGUUGAACAAACAGUCUGAGCUGAAGCUCCAGCGAGCGUAUGACACUACUCAACAUGCUACAUACGAAUAUAGCCAGUAUUUGCCAGUCUACGAUGAGACGACUAAGUUUCCUGCCACGGAACUCUUCGAGUUCAAAGACCGCGGUCUCCAAGCGGACAAAGCCAAACCUCAUCUUCUGGGACUAAAGGAUCCCAAAGUCGUCAUCUCACGGCUCACUCCGCGUGUUGGCACCGAGAUCACGGGUCUGCAGCUGUCUGAGUUGACAGACGAACAGAAAGAUGAGCUCGCGUUGCUGAUUGCCGAGCGAGGCGUCGUGGUAUUCAGGGGUCAAAACUUCAAGGACAUCGGUAUCGAGAAGCAAAAAGAGUUUGGCCAGUACUUUGGUCGUCUUCAUGUGCAUCCCGUCGGUGCUCACGUGGAGGGUGCACUUGAGUUCCACAACAUCUAUCUUGGCCCAGACAACUUGUACAGAAACCAGCGCAAGUCUACCAAGUUGACCACCACAGGGUACCAUUCUGAUGUCUCUUAUGAGCACCAGCCUCCCGGUAUCACUAUCCUGACGCUAUUGUCAGUUCCUUCCACCGGUGGUGAUACCGCAUGGGUGUCUCAGGUCGUAGCGUAUGAGCGCCUCUCGGAGCCAUUCAAGGCAUUCCUGGAGGGCUUGCGUGCUGAGCACAGUGGAUACCCACAGGCUGAUAAUGCGAAGGGCGAUGGCAAAUUCAUUCGUCGCGAGCCGGUCAAGUCGGAUCAUCCCGUUGUUCGGGUGCAUCAUGUCACUGGCCAAAAGGCACUCUUUGUCAACCCCGGCUUCACGAAGCGGAUAGUGGGACUCAAAGACGAGGAGUCAGAAGCUCUUCUGCAACUACUUUUCAAGCACAUAUCCGCGAGCCAGGAUGCUCAGGUCCGUGUCAAGUGGGACGACCAGACGGUGUCUUUGUGGGACAACCGAGUGACGGCUCACACUGCCAUCUCUGACUACGAUGUGCACAAUCCUGAGGAGGGACUGCGCCAUGGAUUCAGGAUCACCACACUUGGCGAGCGGCCCGUUGGUGUCAAUGGUUUAGAAUCGGUGUGGUAG